GUUUUCCGCUGACGAACACACGGCUGAAAUGCGCACUACACUACAGUAGCCUCGUCCAGAGAGGCAGAAAGAGGAAGAACAAGAGAGGAGACACCGUCAGCGAUCCAGUGCCACGGAGAAACGAAACCUUGAAAGAUUUUAUAAACCGUCAGGUUAAUAACUGAUUUUAUUGAAUUUAGGAGAUGGUGAUCUUAUAUUAUUGGCAGAUCGUCUAACCGCCUUAGAGAAGCCAUGAGUGGGGUCCUGAAGAGGAAGUAUUCCGAGGUAGAAGAGGAGGAUCCUUGCUACUCCUCCUCCUCUCCCUCUCCCCCCUACUCCUCUCCCUCUCCCCCCUCCUCCUCCUCCCUCUCCUCCUCCGCCUCCUCGGAAUGGGAGUCGGAUGAGGAGAGCUGCAACAGUGACAACCAAGACUUCACCCCUGCCUCACCUACCUCCCAUCUACCCAUCCGCUCCAUCCUGAAGAGCCCAAAACUUUCCCAUGACAACAGCAGCCAUGGCAACAGUGUUGCCUUCAACCAGGUGACGGUGUUCCUGUUCCGGCGUUGCCAGGGUUUCACCAGCGUUCCGAGGCGUGGCGGUGCAACCCUGGGCAUGGUGAGGAAGCACAGCGCCCUCCGGAGGUACACGCUGGCAGAGCACACCCAGGAGAGACGACAGAGGCGCAGGGAGAGACUCAGAGAUAGACUGAGGGAGGAGAAGCUGGAGGCACUCAGACAGAGACUGACAGCCAGUGGCGCUAUGGACCAGGAGGAGUUGGAUCGCCUCACCAUCGAUCAUAUCGACCAGGUCCCAGACGAGGACAUCGAGGCCCUCCUCCCUGCGGCUGACCUUGAGGAUGGGGAGGAUGGGGGUGACGGGGGGUUCCUGUACCCCUACGCUUCCCGCCAAAGACAGGCCCUACUCCGGGCGGCAGGGGUGAGGCACAUCGACCGGGAGGAGAAGAGAGAGCUCCAUGCCCUGAGGAGAUCCAGAGAGGACUGUGGAUGUGACUGCCAGGGAUUCUGUGAACCUGAGACCUGCGCCUGUAGUCUGAACGGGAUCAAGUGCCAGAUGGACCACUCCAACUUCCCUUGCGGCUGCACCAAGGAUGGCUGUGGGAAUACUAACGGUCGCGUGGAGUUCAACUCCAGACGGGUCCAGACCCACUACAUACACACUGUCAUGAGGCUGGAGCUGGAGAGGAGACUGCAGGACGAGACACUGACCCAGAGGAGAGACCCAGAGGAGAACCAAGAGGAUCUCCAGAAGCUCCAGGAUCAGGGGAAGCAUCAGCAGGACAGUGCCCAGGAGGAGGUGAGAUGCCCCUUCGGGUUCACCUUGGAAGAAGAGGGCCUCCCUCUCUCCAUCCCCACCACCCCUACCUUCCACUUCAGCUCUGAACUGUGUGAGGUUGGGGAGAAUAGUUGCUGUAGUGACAUGACCGACUCGUCCGGCUUCUCUGCCCAGAGCGAGGACUCCGACGUGGGAGGAAGCCCUCGACAGCACCAGCCUCUCUUGGAUGUGGAUGAUGGAGGUCUGGCCUGUGUCCUCAGCUUCUGUGACUCUGACAAUGAGGACUAUUCCAUGGGCAGUGAAAGUGACACAAAGUCGGGCAGACAACCAUCACCACACCUUCCCCAGUGUCUCAGCAGCUUCGACACGUCAUACGGUCUCUGUAAAGACACCACAGCCACCCUUGGCCUGUCCAACGCACCCAGUUCACACACAGACAAUACACAAAGGUACACAGAGAAGACACACAGACACACAGACAACAGCUGCCGCAGCGGUUCCUUCAUGGCCGAGUAUCAAGACGACAAUGCCAACCAAGCUACGGCCCUGUUCGCCCACAGUCCCCUCCAGGACUACCCCAACACACCCUCUCCCUCCAUAGACUACUCGUCCAGCAGCUACAUGGACCUCAGCCUCUCCUCUGACUCGGACUUGGAGCUCUUCGACAACUUCCCUACAGACUAUAGCUCAGCCCCUCUACACAACUCAUUCAAAGGUCACAAGCACCCGGACAACUUCCUGCAUCUACAGGUGUUGAGUUCUGCAAAUGUCCCACAGUUCAAUGAGACAGCUGGCGCCUGCCUCCUGGAGUCUCUGAUUGGCUUAUCUGAACCAAUAGAAACUCCUUCAUUCACAGACAAUCAGCUAUUAGAGCAGGUGAUUCAGUGACCAAUGGGCUGAACUGUCCGGGGUUUUGUGGGACCUGAUUGGCUCAUGGACAUUGAAACGAGCCUAGAAGUACUUUAAUAUGUACAGUCUACAGUUUGUAUUUUAAUAAGAUAUUUUAAUGUAUAGUAUGAGAUAUUUUAUUCAGAUGUAUUAAAUGUGAUGUUGUUGAGGUAGAGGCACAUUAUGGUUAUUCAUUAUGAUUUAGACAGAAUAUUAUACAUGAGCAAGUAUUAUGUCAUCACUACAAGAUAUAACACUGUGUGUUUCUCAUGUUUCCUGAUGUCCACGUUUUUGAUGUGCUUUCCAGCAGUUAUUUAUAAAUGAUUAUUCAUAAAAAAGAAAAUGGCUUAUUAAUUUAUUUACUUUAUGCAUUUUAACUGAGGGGUUGUAUUGCUGUAAUCACCGUGAAAGAACCGUGAGACAGAUGGAGACGUUAAUUAAUUUUAUGAAUUGUAUUCAUGUGAAGUUUUGUUUAAAUUGCAAUCCGCAUAAGAUCAAGAAGGUUGCAUAAUAUUCAGAAUUACAACAUUUAUUCAUUUAUUAUUUUAGCUAAAUGUAUUGCUAUUUAUUUGUGUCAAAAUGCCUUAGUUUAAUGUAUUGGAGAUCCAUCUCUCUCCUCCACCAUAGGUAACUUAUUUUUAUUUGAUUUGCCUUGUUUGACACACUGAAAAGUAAUUGCUUUGCAAAAUAUCAUCCAUCGUUGGAAUCUGAUAUGUGCUCCAUGUAUUUAAGAAAGUUUUGCAUUGUCUGUCUUUUUAAGUUAUUUUUAAUGGAAAUAUAUUAGCAUUUACAAUGUGUUACUGAAUCUUGUAUUUUAAAGCAAACUCAAAUCUUUUAUCUAUGAAUAAACAUACAUCUUUUGGAACAAUGUG